AUGAAUUUGUCACACGACUUGAUCGAGAAGGAUGAAAGUCCAAUUAUCGGCUUCAGCGGUGAAGUAACAAAGGCGAUUGGGAAAGUAAAGAUGCUAAUAACAGUGGCUGACAAGUCCAUUCUAGGAAGUUUCAUGCUGCUGGAUUGUCGAGCUCCCUAUGAUGCGAUCGUUGGACGAGACUGGUUGCAUGCGACAGGUGCAGUCACAUCCUCAUAUCACCAAUGCCUGAAGAUUAUUACCCCUGAAGGAGUUGUGAAGGUUAGAAGCGACCAGAUGGUCGCCCACAAGUUUCAUGAGAAUGCUAUAGAUGAAUACAGGAAGUCAGAAGUUAGCGGGAACCAGAUCCUGCGAGUCAAACAAAAAUAG